AUGGUGAUGAAGUCUUCUACAGUUUUAACAAUUAUUACGGCCUUGGCCUCGUAUGCUGCUGCAGGUUAUGUUCCAACUGCACCAUGGUCCACUUUGACUCCAACAGGAACUAUCAGUGGUGCUACCACUGAUUACGCAAGUACUUUCGGUAUCGCAAUUGAGUCUCUUACUACAAGCAACAGCUCUUUGGCUAAGCGUGCAGUUGCCACUCAGAUUGGUGACGGUCAGGUUCAGGCCACAACUAAAACUGCCUCUUCUACCAGUACCAAGAACGCUAAAAAGACCUCUGAAGCUGUCGUCUCUCAAAUAGGUGAUGGUCAGGUUCAGGCUGCCACUUCCACUAAGGCUGCCACUUCAAAGAAGAUAACUUCUACUGCUACUGCUGCUGCGGUUGUGUCCCAGAUUAGUGAUGGCCAGAUUCAGGCUACUACUGCUACUAAGUCUGCUACCAAGACUGCCACGGUUGCCUCCCAGAUUAGCGAUGGACAAAUUCAGGCUACUACCAAGACCACCUCUGUUGGUGCUUCCCAAAUCACGGAUGGUCAAAUUCAAGCUUCUUCCACCUCUGCUGCAAGUUCGUUGACUUCCUCUGACGAUGCCUCUGUCGAAAGUGUUGCUUGUUACAAUGAAGGUGAUUUGGCAUUGAAUUUGAAUGCCAGUAUCUUGACAGAUGCAAAGGGUAGAAUCGGUUCUAUCGUUGCCAACCAACAGUUCCAGUUCGACGGUCCUCCACCACAAGCUGGUGCCAUCUAUGCUGCUGGCUGGUCUAUUACUGCAGAUGGCUACUUGGCCAUUGGUGAUAAUACUGAGUUCUGGCAAUGUUUGUCUGGUACUUUCUAUAACUUGUAUGAUGAGAGUAUUGGAGGUCAAUGUCACGCUGUCCUAUUGAAGAUUGUGAACUUGACCAAUUGUUAA